AAUUCACAGACAAAUCGAAUGUCAUAAAAAAAAAAACUAUAUUUUAAAAGGUUCAAAGAGUUUGAAUAUUUUGAAUUAUUAUUACUAUCAUACGAUAUUUUAUUAUUACAUGUGAUGCAUAUUAUGUUAUGUACUUAAAAUAAGUCGGCCAAAAAUUAAAAAAAUAAAAUCAAUAAUUUUCAAGCAAAUCUAUAUUUUUAAAAUGAUAAAAGGAUUUAAUUGCUACAGAAAAAAAAUUUAAGUUUAUAAAGAAAAUAAAAAACUUGAAAAUUCACCAAAAAAAAAAAAGGAAAAUGAAUAAUUUAGCACGGAGGAAACAGCUAACGCUCCCCCAACUCUUUGAUCUCAUCAUCAUCAUCAUUAUCAUCAUCUCCUCUCCCUUUGUUGUCUCGUGCUGCCGACUCGAUUAUCUUUAACCCUUUACCCGCCACCGUCUACGCCUCCACUCUUCGCUUUUUGCACGAGCAGUGCCGGAGGCCGAACCAAAAGACGCAGAACACCCAGACAAAGUUGGGGUUUGUCGCAAUCCCGUGUCAUCAUCUUGUGAUUCUUCUUUACAAAUAGCUUCUCGUAGAAGGAACAUUGCAUUUGGUCCUCGGCGUCCACCCAAGGUCCCCUCCUUCUCCCCUAAAUCGUCGUUUAUUUUCUUCUUCCCCUUCCCCCCGGCCGGGUUGGCGGAGAGGGUUAGGGGGUUGUGCGAGAUGAGCUGGAGGAAGGAAAAUCAUCUUCCGCGGGUGAAGAUGAUUGCGGGAUGGCGGAGGUGAUGGAGGAGUCGUUGAGCUGAGAGAUCUGCUCGAUCCUCCAAGAAAAGUGGUUUCUGGAACAGUUAUGACGAUCGCCUAUGGGAGUUGCUGAGCCAAAUCUUGCUUUGUGUUGCAAGAUUGCAUCGUGGUUCUCGAUGGGGCGUUCAGGUGAUGUGGUUUUGGUUUUGGUUUUGUCUUCAAGGGGUUGUGAUUAGCAUCGUAUCAUUGUGGCAUCAGCGGGCGGUAGUGAAGACUGGUUCAAGAAAUCGUAGGAAUGAUGGAUUCGAUCUCAGAGGCAGGUCUUCGUGAGUGGCCGAGUUGCUGCGAGCUGCGCUGAGGAGAAACUCGUGUUUCUAAUGGACCGCCACUGCCGGUUGGUUUACGGCUGGGUCACAGUUGCUCGAGGGUUUCUUUUCGGGUUGCUGUCGCGUUGGAGGGAUUCUGUGGUGGGAGGCUUGAGGUCCCUGGUUACCUUGGGGACGACAGCUCUAUUCAUCAUUUUGUGGAGUUGCUUCCUUUGCUCGACUUCUGUGACUUCGCUUGUUUAUGUGCUUCUUAGUCUGGGAGCUGCUGCUGCUGCAAUUCACUAUUUGGGCUUCACACCUGGGCUCUUGAUCGUUGGGUUUUAUGGCAUUUUGAUCAUGUGGAUGUAUGGCUAUGUUUGGAUAACAACAAUGCUAUUAAUAGUUGGAGGUUAUAUGUUUUCUCUGAAUCAUGCACGGUUCUUGAUUUUAAUGGCAACUGCUUAUGCAGUUUAUUGUGUCAAUGCUCACGUUGGAUUGCAUGGAGUUCUUUUGUCAUUAAAUAUUUCUUUUAUUUCCAAUGACAUAUUGAAUAAGUUGCUACAAGGAUAUGAUGGUAAUGGUAAAGGCAUACAUGUUAAAGAGCAAAAGGAACCAGAACAGGUUAUAGAAGACUUUCUUUUUGACAGUGAAAAUUCCCCUCUGUCUAAAGAGACUGAAGACGUGACAUAUUCUAAAUCAUCUUGCACAACACCCAAGGCAUCAAACAUGCCAAAUACUCAGAAGGAUGCUUCCUCUAGUAAGGUUAACAUAGUGGACUUGACUUCGUUUGUUGAGAUAGAAAGGAUAAUGAACAGCUCAAACCAUUAUGAAGUUCUGGGCUUUCUUAGGAAUAAGAAUGUUGAUCCUAAUAUAUUGAAGAAGGAAUACCAUAAAAAGGUCUUGCUUGUGCAUCCUGACAAAAAUAUGGGAAAUUCAUUAGCUUGUGAAUCGUUUAAAAAGCUUCGGUGUGCAUAUGAGUUUUUGGCUAAUAAGCAAAAAGGAAAAAAAACUCAGGUUCUUUCAGAUUUCGCAAAGAAGAAAAACUAUGAUGAACAAUUGAGGAAGGAAGAAUCUGGGAGAGUGUGUCACAGGUCUUCUGUAACAUCUCAACAGGGUGCGGUGGAGUACCGUUCUGAAGAAUCUAGGUGUAUUGAGUGCACAAAGUGUGGAAAUUCUCAUAUAUGGAUAUGCACUAAUAGAAGUAAAGCCAAGGCAAGGUGGUGUCAGGAUUGCUCCCAAUAUCAUCAAGCCAAAGACGGAGAUGGGUGGGUAGAAAGUGGGUGCUCACCAGUUGUUAUGCCACCUCGGAAGAGAGCAAAAUAUUUGAUGUGUCCGAGUGGGCUUCUUGUCAGGGAAUGGAAUGUAGGCCUGACACUCAUGGGCCAACUUUUCAUGUCAACAUGGUUGGUUUGGACAAGACAGGGCUGCGAUCCAAUUCCUCCAGAUAUCCUUGGGGAUUGGAUGCUGAGAUGAUCGAUUAGGAUGAUGAGUUUGAGCUGUGGCUUCAGCAGGCUUUAGCAUCUGGCAUAUUCUCGGAGACUCAGAAACAUAGAAAAAGCUGGCCGUUCAAGAUUAACCAGAAAAGCAUGAGACCAUGGCGAAGAUUACCACAAUUGAAGAUAAUUAGGUGAAUAUUUAAUUGGAAGAAUUUCUUGUUUUGUCAAUAUUACAAAAGAAGAAGCACUAGAAGGAAUAUCGCAUCAGCCAAAUGAUGAAGUCUCAUUCUGAGUAAGCAGGCUUCUUGAGAAUAGAUGGACUAGAAGAGUGAUUAGUUGCGCUAGAUGAACUCGCCGAUAGUUGAGCAAUGUGUGGUCAUAUGACUUGCGGAGAAGGUCAAUUUCUUUGUCAUGAAAUCUUAAUGUGGAAAACGACGGGAAGGUUAUCAUGGUUUCGGCAGUUGUGACCCUGCAAAAUGCGGACAAUCGAAUCAGAACACUGGAGAAGCAAAAGGAGAGUUUUUCUCCGCCAUUCAUAUGAAAAUUAAAAAGAAAAAUGCUAUAAUGGGACAAUCUGUAAAUAAAUUAGAGGCAUGUUUUAUUUAGGUUAUCAAUGUCCUGUCAUAUUUUCUAGAGUAGAAAGCUGAUCUAGGGUAGGCAAACUUGUAAAGAAACACUGGUGAUUGAUGCAUCAAGCAAUUCACUUUAUGUAGCAUCUGUGGCAGAUCACCUCUAUUGCAACUACAUUAUAUGAC